AUGGCCGCAUCCACCACCACUAGCAGUGUCUACAUCCAUGUAAUCGAAGACGUUAUCACCAAGGUCCGCGAAGAGUUCGUCGACAACGGUGGUCCUGGCGAAGCUGUUCUUAAUGAACUCCAAGGAAUUUGGGAGAUGAAGAUGAUGCAAGCGGGCGUGAUUGUGGGGCCAAUUGAUCGCUCUUCAGGCCAGAAGCAGGCUCCUGGUGGCCCUACUCCAGUGCAUGAUCUUAAUGUACCGUAUGAAGGCACCGAGGAGUAUGAGACGCCCACAGCUGAUAUGCUAUUCACUCCUACACCGUUGCAGACACCAAUGCAGACACCACUACCUGCACAAACACCUUUGCCAGGAAACGUGCAGACACCUUUGCCUGGAACAGCUGACAACUCCUCCAUGUAUAACAUUCCCACGGGAAAUAGUAGUGAAUAUCCUACUCCUAUAAGUGAUGCUGGUGGUAGUAAUGGCAACGGAGAUGCUAAAACGGGGCGACCUAGCCCAUACAUGCAACCUCCUUCACCUUGGAUGCAGCAAAGGCCCGCACUUGAUGUUAAUGUUGCUUAUGAGGAAGGGCGGGAGGAAGCUGAAAGAGCAGCCUCUAAUCAGCCCCUGACACAGGACUUCUUCACGAUGUCUUCUGGAAAGCGGAAGCGUGAUGAUUUUCCGCCACCAUAUAAUAAUGGCGGAUACAUACCGCAGCAAGAUGGCGCUGGAGAUUCACCAUCUGAGCCACAGGGAGGGUACGGGAAUCAGUUGCCUGCAAGUUUCUUUAAGAUCCCUCAAUCGGAUGGUCCCAUUCCAGAACCUUAUGAUGACGUUCUGUCCACUCCAAAUAUAUACAACUAUCAAGGAGUUAAUGAAGAUUACAACAUUGCAAACACUCCAGCUCCCAAUGAAUUGCAGGCCAGUACUCCUGCCUUAGUUCAGCAGAAUGAUGUUCAAGAUGACGAUGAGGAUGAGCCGUUGAAUGAGGACGAUGAUGACCCUGAUGACUUGGAUGACGUGGAUCAAGGAGAGGAACUGAACACGCAACAUUUGGUUCUGGCUCAGUUUGACAAGGUGACCCGUACCAAGAGCAGGUGGAAGUGCACACUGAAGGAUGGGAUUAUGCAUAUAAACAACAAGGACAUUCUCUUCAACAAGGCAACUGGGGAAUUCGACUUCUGA